GGCUGAACCUUGUAUUAAUGCGACAACUGGCUUCUGCAUCACAACACAUUAAGAUGAUAGAAGGUACCUGAAACCAGCUUCCUCCCGCCGGUGUGGCACUGUACUAUAAUAAUUCUACUGGACGCCAGUACCCCAGUCUUUUCCGCCAGCCAUCACUGUUUCUUCCUGAUGAAACCAAGACGCCAAAGAAUUAUUCAACACCAUGGAGUUGGCUGAAAAGGCAGCUGCCGAGCAUCAAACUCUCGUGGAAGACUGUCAUAUUUCAAGGGCGGCUACAAUGGACUCUAACCACGUUCUGCAAAACGAUGUCUUCAAGUCUAAACAAAUCGAUGAAGCCUGCCAAUGGAAAGACACCCAGCGGCUGAGGGAUCUGGCUUUGUCGGAGGGGGGCUUGGUAUCAGACGAUAUGCGGCGCAAGGCCUGGCCAAUUCUCCUGGGGUUCUCCGCCGACAAGACCGAGCCCAUUGCAGACGACCAACAACGCUGGCAGACAUUACCUAGACAUGCAGAUGAAGACCAGGUUCAACUUGACGUGAACAGAGCCUUCAUCUACUACCCUACAGACCAAACUGCCAAGCAAAUCGACACAAGGAAAGGGGAGCUAUCAGACCUUAUCACCGAAGUUCUUAGGCGUCAACCAUAUCUGUGCUAUUUCCAGGGAUAUCAUGACAUUUGCCAGGUGUUCCUUCUUGUCCUUGGCCACAAAAACUGCUCAGAGGCAGUUUCACGCUUAUCAGCACUACACAUUCGAGAUUUUAUGCUCCCGACAUUAGCUCCAGCCCUUGCUCAAUUACGUCUCAUCCCAGGAAUUAUACGCUCUGUCAAUCCGAAGCUAUAUCAGCACUUGUCCGACACACAACCCUUUUUUGCGCUCUCAGGAACUCUCACAAUGUAUGCACAUGACAUACAGGAGUAUGGAGACAUCGCGCGGCUCUUCGACGUAUUUUUAGCACGGGAGUCUAUCUUUUCUGUAUACAUGUUCGCUCAGAUCGUGCUGAACCGUUCCGAGGAACUUUUUGAUACCCCAGCAGACGAGCCUGAGAUGCUGCAUUCAAUAUUGUCUAAACUUCCGAAACCCCUCAACCUAGAGUGGUUGAUUUCCGAUACAACGAAGCUGCUGGAACAGCAUCCGCCGGAGAGUCUUCCCCUAUGGUCAAAAAUAUCACGAUCAAGUGUCUUGAAAACAGCAAGAUCGCCGGAGCAGGUGGCAAAGCAGAGCCUCAAGGAUGGCCAGAUCUAUUUCGAAAAACAAGUGAAGGAGCUACAAUGGGCCGAGCGGCGGGAGAAGAUCAUACGGCAACUCUGGAAGAACAAGAACCCAGCCAUAUUAAUUGGAGUCGGUGUUAUGGUGGGAUUGUUGUCGUAUCACAUGCGGAAGUCCCCAAGCAUUUACCACUUGGUAUCGGAGCUUUGGAAAUGACGUUGUUUAAUGAGUAUAUGAAAUAGACCAGCUUAUACACUGUAGAGUAUGUUCCAAGAUAUUUGCCGCGUCUCUGGGAGGCAUUUGAGCUUUUGUUGGCCAUUAACUUCCACAAAAAAACCAGUUCACAAAGUUUGUCAACUCCAGUCACAAUUCAAACGGAGUUCCGGAC